AUGGCUGCCGCCUCCUGGAUCAAGAUCCACCCAGGCAAAGGGUUUUGGACACUUACAGCUAUUUUGUUCAAUGCCUUACGCCUCCCACUUUGGCUGGUCUAUUUCCUGCCGUCUUUCACCCGUCAAAGCUCGAAAUGGAGUCUCCUUCUCAAGAAUAUGUCAGACGUCGAGAUGAAGACCCCAGGAAGCCUGAAGCCUGGUAAAGAAGGGGAUCGCUUUGUAAAGAUGCAGCCUGCGAAAAACAGUCAUUACAUUGGCAUUGCUUCCAAGGACAAAGAGAUCAACCCUGUAACCAUUGGCGGGACUUGGUAUCCCAAACGGCUAUCGCCAGGCACGGUAACAGAUGUUAUUCUCCACUUUCAUGGUGGCGGUCGAUUUCCAGCCCAGUUACAGGAUGCCAUUACUUCGCUUUUACACUUGACCGAUGAGAUGCAAGUUCCCGCCAGGAAGAUCACUAUCUCAGGAGACAGUGCAGGAGGCAAUCUUUGUCUUGCGUUGCUGCGAUACAUUGCAGACAAUCCAAAUGCAGCGGUACCUUCCCCGGGUUGCGCAUUUCUAUGGUCGCCUUGGGUUGAUCCAGCGGGAUCUCUCGAUGCAGGGCAUCUGGACAAGUCGCCCAACGCGCCAACCGACUACCUCGUUGGUGAAUUUGGCACUUGGGGUGCUCGCGCUCUCUCCCCAUCUCCAUCAACAGGCAUCAAGCUCAACGAUCCCAACAUCUGCUUCAUCGGUACCGCAUUUGCAACACCAACUCCCUUGUUCUUCCACACGGGGGAAUGUGAAGCCCUGUGUCAUGACGAUGCAAAAGUUUACGAGGAAUUUACUGCUGUCAAAGGAAACAGGACUGAGUUGCAGAUUGCGGCGCAGGCAGUUCAUGAUAUUAUUUUGGUCGGGAAGAUCGUCGGGUUUGAAAAAGAAGCUGCUGUUGCGGCCCAGCAGGCGGGGGAUUUCCUGAAGCAAUGUAGGGAAUUGCAAGCAUAA